AUAACCUCAAUUUUUAUUUUUUAUUUGAGCAGUACAAACUUUGAAUGUUUUCAAUGUUGCACACGUGUGCAGAUGACUGACAAACAUCGUUUGAAAAUUUUUAUUAACGUGAUUUCCUGAUAUUCGUUAACAAGUUGACACCUUCAAAAUGGAUUCGCUGACUCAUGAGACGGAAAUAAAGAUAUUCAAGUAUUUAUUGGAGAUUGGAUGCUGCAUAAAUUGCUGUUUACGACUAGUCUCUGUACACAAUCCUGAAUAUUAUGAAAAUCCAAUUGAGGCCUCCAAAAAGCUAAAAUAUGUUGAAGAAUCCUACAAAAUAUCUGAGGAAUCUCCCUGUAUCGCUUGCCUUGGAAUACUUCAAGAGACCGGCAAACACCAAGUGUUGGAGGAGAUAACCAGAGUCAUUCUUUUGGAGGGCAACGAUUCCCCCACGUUCACAUGUGCCCUCUCAGUCCCAAUGUCCCUCACGCUCCGUGAGAAGUUCCUCGACAUAUCAAUUCGCGAGAACCUGGACCUUCCCCCGAACGACCUAGAACAUUUAUUUCUCAGAAUCGAAUCAAUCAAAGACGUCUGGAAGAUCCAGAUGCUCCCCAGGAUCGAAGCCAAAAUUUCGAAGACAUCGAUCACUGGUAACAGUCCAUCCCCUUUCUUAAUUGAUAUCUCACUGAUCCACGAUUGCGACGAGAGUGAUUACGACUAUCUGUUGAAGAAAUGUGACCCAAAUUAUCACGAACGAAGAAAUCGAAACAUUAAGUACAGUAGAAACAACAUCAAGAAGGUCCUCUCAACGAUCGACAAGAAUAAAUUUGCUGAAUUCUUCGCUAUUCCCCCAGCAAAACCGACGCGACCAAUACAGUUGGAGAAAAUAUCCUGUUCUCAUGCUGGUGUAUUUAUUGGAGGAAGAUACAACAAAUUGUCGAGAGAACUCAGUCAGACACCUUGGUUCAUAAAUGGAGAGAAGAAAAUGGAAUCGUCUGUACAGGACCUUCUUUGUGGACCUUUGAUUGAGGCGACGAGAGCUGAUUCAUUAAAAUUCUUGUCGUCAGGUAGGGAAGACGUUGAUGUAAGGACAAUCAAUUCUGGGAGGCCAUUCGCUGUCGAAUUGAUCAACCCUAGACGUACAACGAUUCCUGAGGAUGAAAUGAAAAUGAUUUCUGAAAAGAUCAACUCGUCUACAGAACUAGUACAAAUUACUUCGAAUCUGAAAUUCCUGGACGCAGAACAUUUGAAGACCCUCAAGGACGGCGAGAACAAGAAAUCAAAAUUUUACAGGGCUCUGUGUGUCGUCAACAAUAAAUCAAAAAUCGAAGCCCUGAAUUUAGAAAAACUAGCGGAGAUGAGGCAUGUGAAGAUUAUUCAAAAGACACCUGUCAGGGUGCUACAUCGACGGCCAUUGGCCGCACGUGUGCGAAUGCUGUACAGAAUGCGUGGGAGGCGAUUGACGAACAAAGAGGCUGAAGAAUUGAAAAAAAAUACUCCAGACAUUUUGUUAGAUAAUCUUUUUAUUUUGGAUUUUAAGACACAAGCAGGAACUUACGUUAAGGAGUUUGUUCAUGGGGACUUUGGAAGAACGAAACCGAGUUUAGGUGAUUUACUGGGAGUGGACGUAGAUAUCGCGGCGUUGGAUGUCACGGGGAUUAAUCUACAUUGGCCAUGAAAUAGAGGACAUCCCUUUGUGUAUUUUGGGUUAAUUAAAUACAAGUUUUACUUAUAA